CGCUAUCAGCAGAGUUUUGAUAUGGCUGAGCGCUUUUUGCACUCCGACCUUGCCGAGUAUGCAACACAUGCAAUUGUCAAUACCUCUUCAAACCUAGGAAUACGACAAUCUUCCGGUAGUCUCGGUGCCGUUCGGGUCAUGAUAGCAAAGAAAAGCGAUGUUUUCGUGAGUCAGCCGUGGGUUUGUCUAAUAGUACGAUCUCUCACACCAGGAAAUGGGACCUACGCGGUUGUGGAAUAACACCCCUCUCAUUCAUUCCAGCCAUCUCUCCAAAAUAUCAGGGUCUGAGGUCUAUCUCAAGCUUGAGAAUCUCCAACCAUCAAAUUCGUUCAAAAGCCGUGGAAUCGGUUACUUCAUAGAAAAAGUGAAGAAAGAUCACGGUCCUGAUGUCCACUUGAUCAUAGCUUCUGGAGGUAACGCUGGAUAUGCGGCAGCAUGUGCCGCCAGGACGUUGGGGGUGAAAUGUACCGUGUAUAUUCCCCAAGGUGUAGCGCAAACGACCUUAGAUCUCUUGGAUGCACAAGAUGCACAGGUAGUGGUGAUUGGAAAACUUUAUCUCGAAGCUUUGAACGCGGCCCAAGAGGCUGUUAGUAGCGACAGUAAUGCCGUUAUGGUGCCCGCAUAUGACAACCCAGUAGUAUGGGAAGGGCAUUCUUCGAUGAUUGACGAGAUAUCGACUCAACUUGGAAAGAAGCCGGACGCUAUCUUCUGCAGUGUGGGAGGUGGAGGGAUGUUAGGAGGUGUGAUCGUCGGGUGCAAGAGAGUAGGAUGGGAUGAUGUGCCCAUCAUUGCCCUCGGAACCAUCGGCUCCAACUGUUUCCAUCACUCUAUACUCAUGAACUCCCAUCCAUCCAGCCAGUUCACAUCUGAGUUGCCGCCCUUUGUCACCAAAGUGCACGACGAUGUUCAUGAUCUAGAACUUGCUCACUUUCAUGCCUUCUCCUCCAGGGCGUCAGGUUCGCUUGGUGCGUCACGACCUGCUGCUGAGGUUGUCAAAAUGGCUCUCCAGAGGAAAGGUGGCAUUCGUUGUGUCAGCGUGCAAGAUGAACUGAGUAUGCAAGCAGCUGUAUGUUUCGCAGAGGAUCACAAAAUGCUCGUAGAACUAGCGUGUUCAACAACGCUCGUCCCUGCAUAUAAGCCUCAGUUAUUGGAUAGACUGGUUCCGCCUAAGCCUGAUAGGACAAUCGUUUUCAUAGUGUGUGGCGGGUUUAAGGUGUCUUUGGUAGAGACGCACGAGAAUAAAGCACUUGUCGAUGGGCAAGUCGCGCACGAUUCUGGAAGUGGUUGGAAAGUAGUGUUAGGAGAUGGACACUCCUUGGAGUUAGAUUACAAUAUAUAA